UUCCAGGCCAUACAGAACCCACCCCAAACCCCAUCUUAUCGUUCUUCCGCACGCAAUCGUGUGGCGCCCAUCCCACGCAUCCCCACUUUAUCUUUGCGCGCCCAAACCCGGCCGCUCCCUAACCUCCCGCAGGACGCCGUCCCACCAACCUCGCGGCCGUUAUUAGCCUCCGACGAACGCGCUUAACGCAGCGCAAGUGGUGGUGGUGGCGAGACGUACACUGACCGAAGGCAUCGAUCUCCAUGGCCCCGACCGUCGCCUGCCCAGCAACGGGCGCCGUCGCCUGCCCAGCAACGGGCGCCGUCGCCUCGCCUAUCGCAGGCGACGUCGGGAAGGCCGCGCGCUCCGCCGGCCUCGGGCUCCCCGCGCUUCCGUCGCUGCCCGGCCUCGCGUCCCACGGCCAACCCCGCAUCGCCUCCUUCUGCAAAAGGCUCGCGAGGAACGUGGUGUCAAUGGCCGCCAGUGAGCCGGCGGCGCCGCUGGCCGAAAACGCCGAGCUUACCGAGUUGUUUAACUCCUUGAAACAAGAGUGGGACAGGGUGGGAGACAAGUACGCGGUGACCACGCUGGCCGUCGCCGCCACGCUCGGCAUGUGGAGCGCCGGCGGAGUAGUAUCGGCAAUCGACAGGCUCCCCGUGGUUCCAGGUCUCAUGGAGGUCGUUGGCAUCGGCUACAGCGGGUGGUUUGCGUACAAGAACCUGAUAUUCAAGCCCGACAGGAAAGCAUUCUUCGCUAAGGUCAGGAACAUUUACGAGGAUAUAAUCAGCGGCUAGACGAUGAAGUACUUGAAGAGGCGCAUCCCAAUUGAGAGAAAGCACAAAGUACUCAAAACGGAGACGUGCAGUUACUGUAUAUCUGUACUAUAUAUUUGAUGAGCAUAGCAUCUAAUAUAAUUCUUACUCAA